AAUGCCGAUGAUAAGUCGUGCGACUAGUUGUUGCGAUCCACGCGCUACUCAACACGCAAAACACACGCACUGUUCUUCAACUGAAAAAAAACUAACACAAAAUGGGAUUUAAAAAAGAGAAAAUACAUUUACAAGAACACACUGAACCAAAAAUACAUUUCGUUCAAAUAUUUCGAUAUGGGACAGCCCUGGAGAUCACAGCCACAGUUGUGGGCAUCCUGGUGAGCAUGGCCAGCGGGCUGGGUAUGGCCUACAACCUCUUGCAAAUUGGAGAACUGAGCACGGCUUAUGUGGAACGGACUAGCUUCCAGGAUCAGCUUAGUUCUAGAUUACCACUCUUGUCUUUAUUUGGAGGAGGGAGAAUACUCAAUAACGCGAGUCAUGAGGAGAAUAUGAAGGCUCUGGUAGAGGACGCCACGGCGUUGGUGAUCGGUGUGUUCAUAACCGUGGGCUUCUCGAUGGCGUGCUGCGCCGUCUCCGUCGCACUCAUCGGCUGGAGCGCGCUCAGGCAGAUCACAACGAUACGAAUGCGGUUUCUGAAGGCAGUGCUUCGUCAGGAUAUGUCCUGGUUCGACACGGAUAACGAGUUCAACUUGGCGUCCAAGAUGUCAGAGAACUUGAUGAAGCUUAAGGAGGGAAUGAGCGAGAAGUUGGCGGUGGUAGGUAACCUGUUGGGUACGUCCAUCAUUUGUAUCGCGGUGGCGAUCCCACUGGGCUGGGAGCUGGCGCUCGCCUGCAUUACUGUCAUGCCCUUCUCCGUCGCCGCCUCCGUCUAUCUUUCCAAUUACCAAACAAAAUCGUCAGCACGUGAGAUGGAAUCUUACAGCCAAGCUGGAAAACACGCUGAGGAGAUUCUAAAGUCAGUGAAGACUGUAGCAGCGUUCGGCGGAGAGGAAAAAGAAGUUAAAAAGUACAGGUCUUUACUGGACCCAGCUGAGAAGUACGGACGCAAGCGAGGCUUGUACACAGGCAUUGGCAAUGGCUUCAACUGGGUCCUCACCUACUGCCUCAACUCCAUCGGUCUCGUCUACGGGAUCCGACUGGUGCUGGACGAUCGCGAGAGGCCAGACGAAGAACGGAGAUAUGUAGUUGGUGUUGUUUUUAGCAUACUGUUCAACGUGUACAUGGCGACUCAAUCAAUCACACUAUGUGUGCCCCACGUGGAGGCAUUCGCGGCGGCAAGAGGCGCGGCAGCCAGUAUAUUCCACCUGAUAGAGCGAGAGCCCAAGAUAGACAGCCUGAGCACGCAGGGAGUGUCCCCACGCAGAGUCGUGGGAAACAUAUCUUUCGAAAAUGUUGACUUUAACUACCCAUCAAGACCUGAUGUUAAGGUUCUGAAAUGUUUCUCGCUGCACAUAAAAGCCGGUGAAUGUGUUGCUCUGGUUGGAUCUUCUGGCUGCGGAAAGUCCACCAUUUUGCAACUGUUACAACGCAUGUAUGAUCCCCACUUUGGCUCCGUGAAGCUAGAUGGCAGGGAGAUAAGAAAUCUUAACAUAGGAUGGCUCCGGUCAUCGUUAGGCGUUGUGGGCCAGGAGCCCGUGUUGUUCCAUGGAACCAUUUUCGAAAACAUUGCCAUCGCUUGUCCGGAGGCAACUUUGCCAGAAGUUCAGAGAGUUGCAACUAUGGCUUACGCGCAUGACUUCAUCAUGAAAUUGCCUAAGGGCUACGACACAGUGAUAGGCGAGCGCGGCGCGUCGCUGUCAGGCGGACAGAAGCAGCGGAUCGCGAUCGCGCGCUCGCUGCUGCGCGAGCCGGCCGUGCUGCUGCUAGACGAGGCCACCUCCGCGCUCGACCCGCACUCCGAGCGCCAGGUGCAGGCCGCGCUCGACCGCGCCAGCCUCGGCAGGACUACCAUCAUGGUCUCACACAGAUUGUCCACGAUAUUAAAUGCAAAUCGUAUAAUUUGCAUGGAUCAGGGAGUCAUUGUAGAACAGGGGACACACGAAGAACUUAUGAAAUCUAAAGGUUUCUACUAUAACCUGGUAACAACAAAUAAAGAACAAAGUGAGCCGGAAGAACCAGAACCAUUACCAGAAUUACUAGAAAAUGAGCUAGAAGCUGCAGUAAACAUGGCAGUGGUACGGCCUGAAGUGAAGAAGCGCGAUGUCCAAAAGCGGCGACUUAGUAAACAGACCUCUGUCAUAGAGUCUUACGAAUGGAUGCAAACACCGCGGGGAUCUGUUACAUCUGCUUUGUCACUUGGUUAUCAAGGCUACAUCUUUAAUCCAGACAAAGAAAAAAAAGAAAGUGAUGAAGUUGAAGAGAUCAUGCCGGUCACAGGAUGGGAUAUAUUGAAAUUAAAUUCACCGGAGUGGAUUUACAUUACUGUAGGUUCAAUCGCAGCGUUUCUCCAGGGUGCAUGCUUUCCAACCUUUGCUCUUCUGUUUGGAUUUACGAGCGGUAUAUUCGUUCUAACUGAUCGUGACGAGUUAUUACACCUGGGGGAUUUAUACGCGGGUCUGUUCGUAUUGGUAGCAGCGGUUGCCGGCACAUCCAUGUGCCUCCAGAGCAGCACCUUCACCUCGGCUGGUUUGAAAAUGACUACCAGGCUUCGAGAGGCGUAUUUUAACGCUUUAUUGAGACAGGAAAUAGGAUAUUACGAUAAAGAAAGUAACACAGUCGGGGCGAUUUGUGCGAGAUUGAGUGGAGACGCAGCAGAAGUACAAGGCGCGACCGGCAUUAGAAUUGGUCUCAUUCUUCAGGGAGUCAGUUCCGUAGCUAUCGGGGUUAUAAUGGGAUUAGCUUUUAACGUUAAACUCACACUUGUCGCCACUGCGUUUCUACCAAUUAUGAUCGGCAGCAUUUACCUGGAAGGUAAGAUGUCCCAAAAAUCUCAAUCUGAUGAGCGAGACGCUAUGGAGUCAGCUACUGGAGUCGCGACAGAAGCCAUCGUAAGCAUCAAAACUGUACAGAGCUUAGGUAUAGAAACACUUUUUCUGGAGAAGUUUCGCGAUUCAUUGACGCUCGCCUGUGAUGCUGUGGCGAAGAAGUCGCGGUGGCGUGGCGUGGUGCUGGGCUUGGGUUUAUACGUACCUCUGAUAGCCUUUUGCUGUGCCGCUGUAUACGGAACUAUUCUUAUUUCUACGGGAGAGUUAGAAUACAGAAUUGUACUCUUGGUGACUCAAUGUGUAAUGUACGGAGCAUAUAUGCUCGGUCAUACGUUAGUAUACGCGCCAAGUUUCAGCGCAGCGAAAACCUCUGCAUCAAGAAUAUUGGGACUGAUCUACAGAGAACCUUUGGUUAAAACACUCGACGGGGUUUAUGAUAAUAAUCAUUGGGUUGCCAGCGGUAACUUUACUAUAAAGAACCUCGAAUUCAGCUAUCCAACACGAAAACACCAGAAGGUACUGAAAGGAAUAGACCUGCACGUGGAUGCCGGCAAGACUGUGGCUCUAGUGGGUCCGUCUGGCUGCGGCAAGUCCACCGUGCUGCAACUACUCCAGAGAUUCUAUGACCCUGACUCAGGAACAAUUGAGUUAGACGGUCUGGACAACCGCAGCGGCAUGACGCUGCCGCGGCUGCGACGCCAGCUGGGCGUGGUGCAACAGGAGCCCGUGCUGUUCGACCGCACGCUCGCAGAGAACAUCGCCUACGGAGACAACUCCCGAAGCGUCUCCAUGCACGAGAUCAUUGAAGCUGCCAAAGCGGCAAACAUACACACCUUUAUCUCCUCCCUGCCUCAGGGCUACGAGACGAACCUGGGGUCUGGCGGCGCGCAGCUGUCGGGCGGGCAGAAGCAGCGCGUGUGCAUCGCGCGCGCACUCAUCAGGUCGCCGCGCCUGCUGCUGCUCGACGAGGCCACCUCCGCGCUCGACGCCAACAGCGAGCGGGCGGUCUCGGAAGCGCUAGAGAAGGCAGCCAAGGGCCGCACGUGUAUCACAAUCGCACAUCGACUCUCCACCAUCAAAGACGCGGACCUCAUCUGUGUGCUGGACAAAGGGAAAAUCGUGGAACGUGGUUCUCACUCGGAACUAAUCAGCCAGCGAGGAUAUUAUUGGAAAAUGUGUAAAGGACAAAACAUGGUUUAAUUAGGUAUUGUAAGAACUUCAAAUCUCACACUAGUCUCAUUCAAAUAAUUUUGUUUUUAAAACAUACGUAUUAUUUAUUUAUAAGAUAGUGAUUUGAAUUAAAUUAGCAUUACUUAUGAUUGUACCAGUUAUCUCCAAUAUCAUUCUCACAUGAAUAUUUGUUCACUGUAAAUGUCGUACAUUUUACCAUUGUAAAUAAUAUGUUAGCCAUUUGUGAUAUUUUCGUUGAUUGUUUUUAAGGAAAAAAAAUAUUUAUUAUAAAAUUGUAUUUAAAAGGAAUUAUUUAAUACUUAAUUUUAUGUAUAGGAUAGGAAAAAUUUAGGUAAGAGUGCUCCAAUCGACAUGUUAUUUAGCUUUAGUCUUGGAACAUAAUACAUCCACAGUAACGUAAUGAAGUAAUCAAACGAUUUGCACCAAUUUUAUGCUUUCUAGAAAUUAAUGCAUUGUUGUAGAUAAAAUCUUCGUUAAAUCCAAAAUCUCAACUGUAUGGAAUUUUAAGUAUUUAGGUAAUUUGUCAAGUUGCGUAUGUCAGUGACAGCGAUGAGGAGCAAUUUUUUGAUGCA